AUGGAUCCAGACAGCUCUAAAGCGACCACUGGUCUGCCAUUGCAGUCCAUCAAGAUGCGGGAUAUGAUUAUUGUGCGACGGCGCUUGUCCAAGGAACUAGCACUACGGAGGACAACGCUGUCGAGGAGUCUAUCGAGGAGCCCUAGACGUCAGCCCAACCAACGAGGAAUCGUGCCCCGCCCGACCAGUGUUGAAGGCAUGGAUGGCGUUGCACCCGGAGCGGCCACCUCAGCAGCCGCCAGCCGACAACAGAAACAAUGUAACUUCGAUAUUUCUGCCAUCAGUCCGAUUAUCGUGAAGCAGGCCAAGGAAAGGGUUGAGGAAGCAAUUAAAGUAAGCAGAAUUCUUUAAGCAGGAUUCACGUGAAUGCAUUAGGUAAACAACAUCGUCAGUAGAUGUGUAUUUACUGUGUUUAAUGGCGAAUACUUGUAAGGAGCAAGCCCAUAGCUAGUGGAAAUCGAUGAAUAACCAAGUAAUACUAGUCAUGCUUUUUUUAAUCACAAACUCUCAUAUGGCGUAACAAAAAAUCUACUGGUUUGCGUUCAGUUGCCUCAGCUCCAGUAGAUUAUCAGCAAGCGGUUCAUUGCUGUCAACUUUUACAGUUCUCUAAUAUUGGUCGUUCAGCCAUUCAUUGCAUUGAAAAUAUAAUUUCUGUUGUUGGACAGUGAGGUUCCAGUAGUAGUUCUUUAUAACUUUAUUUUAACUAGCUCCUAUCAUGCGACUUUUUAUGGGAUAGGCAGCUUCUCUUUAAUUGGUCGCAACACUGUACUGGUCUUACGCAGGGAGUACAGUAACGGUUUGGGUCGCGCCGUCUAAGGUUAUGCUCAUACAAGUGAGCUAGGGAAAGGAAAUCAAGACAAACAAAUAGGUUGUAUAGGCUUAUUUACCAUUUUGAACUUAGUACUCGGUUAGUGUGGUCCACAGCAAUUGUAUCCUCCCGUCUGAUUUUAAAAUAAUGAAGUAAAAUAUGCCUUGCAAUCGCACUGUUAAACCAUCUUAGCACUGCGCUUUAUGCAACCUGUGACUCUCACAAACAGAAGUAUCCGUGUAACAACAGCUGCGGGCUUAUUCCAUGGAAUAAAUUUAUCAGAUAUUUUGAAGGCCUCGGAUAAUAUGAACAAAUUCAAUGGUUUGCACUACUAAAAACCAAACUGUGUUAUAUCGCUGCACUUAAAAUACGGAAAGGACAUAGAUAUAGAAGAAAAGCGCCUUCUACACUUAUUAUCGGACGCUGUGCGACUCUCUGCGAGUACUUUACCUUGGCCCGAAGAUCCAACAGGAUUACGAACGCACCUCUAACGUAUAUGUGUAUAUCUGCGUAAUUGAAUUGUGUUCACAAAUCGGACCGCGAGACAUGCUUGUCUCGUAGUUAUUUGAGGCUCAGCCUAGAGUUCACGAAAGCAGUCGCAUGGCGACCACCAAUUUAUGCCAAAAGGAGCAUCUAGAAGGGAAUGGGGGAUUGGAAUGGCCAUCUCCGGCUUGCAACUUAUCACCACUCACCCACACUCUACUAGGGGCUUGGAGCACCUAGGAUUCCAACACGGGAUCUCUGGUCAUUGGGCCUAGUGCUCCGCGAUUUAGUCACGACUCCACUGUCCUGUCGGUUUCGAUCGGGAAUAUCAACUAUGUUGGAAAACUUGUCUAUAAUCCGACCAGUUUAUGCAUAUGCAACCAUAGUUGACAGGAAGGUCGAGCAAGGGCUAGAAUAGUGACAAAAAUACAAAAAGAUCGAGCCAAUCGUGGUUUGAUUGUCCACUAAAUGAGAGCGGAAAUCAUAACUAGCCUUAGCAACCAUGCUCUCUCACCGGAUUACCCCCUUCGGGUCUAGACCGUAUUUGAAAUCAGUGUACAAAUCAAAUUUGUGUGUCCGGUAGUUACUUCAGCAUCGGCCACUGAUAACAAAGUGCCUUUCGCCGUGCCCCACCGAAGUAACCGUGACGACAGAGCAGACCGAUAUACUCUAAAUGAUGGCAGGCACAUGUUACGUAUGACAUCUGCCGACAUGACCAUAUGGAGCACAUUGCCUAAAAGUAAGAAUAAGCGCUUGCUCAAGAAGGUUUUCUUCUGCCACACUCAACGCUUUCUUAGUCAACCACCGCGUCCCCUGCACAAAAAUCGCUAGUCACCAUUGCAGAACCUGUCAUUUUAUAUAAAGGUAUUCUUCUUUAGAACAAGAUUUAAACACAUUGACUUAAGAUUAUAGGAAGCUGAAUGUGUGUAUUAAAUUCCUGGUAAGGCAGAUCCUGGAACAAUGCUUGCAUGGGUUAAGGUCAUGUCGAAGAAAAAUUAGGCUGGAUUUUAAUCAAGUAUUGGCUUACAGAACCCGCGCCUUGUCGCGCCCGCUUCGAAUAUACCUCAGCUUUGCACUCAUGCGACAAGGUCAGAGCAAAUAAAAAUACAGUGUAACAAAAGUCUUUCAAUUUGAAUGGUAUGCUGGACAAUUCAUGUAAGGGUUAUUCGUAUAACAAUCAGAGCACCUCUUCUGAUUUUCUGUGAAUCAAUGCAUUUGGAAUUAUUAAAACUGACCAACGGACUAUUUGCGAAAUACACCACAAUUAAUUUCUCUUCAAAGCGUAGUUAAUCCAGGAGACAAGAUUUUGUCGCAUGUUUCCUCUAAAAGUCAAUAUCAAGGCACAUCCAAAAGCAUUGCAAAGCAAAGUUCGAAGACCUAGCACACCUCUUGGUAUAAAAAGCCGAUUUCCACAAGUUAGACGAGUUUCUGUCACCAUUGACACUCGUUGUCGACUCCGGACAGAUAAGAAACGAGGGCUUUAAAACAGCGUAUAAUUUUCGGAAAGACAUCUAUGAUGGAAGCUAAGAAGUACUCAAGGAAACGAACUACUGAGGGGAACCUAAAUUUUCUCUUGAAGUUCUCUUUACAAUUUUCCAAUAAAUUUACCUUGCUUUAGUAGAUAAUAGGCAGUGGCGUUCCCGAAACUGGACUAGGAGGACCGAGCAAAGUGGAACAAUGUGCCCUGAACAUCUUAAUAGACAGGCCAGUUGGUCAGAAUCAGUAACUUUUCUCGGUGUAUGCUGGGAGCAUUGCGUAAUAUACGACAGUGGUUUAUAGGGCUGCCAGCAUACUACUAUUAAAAGUCUAGAUAAAUAGUUCGUCGAUGUUUUUGCUACUGAAUAACGGAAAUGCAAAAUGUUCUGUUCCUCAUUGUGUCCCCCUCAUCGCUUAAAAGUUAAAAUUGCAAGUGACGGAGGGUCUUUUCAUGGCAGAUUAUUGGGUAUUCGCAAAUUACAAGAAAGUAUCAACGCGUUAAAACAAAGAAUUGCUUGUUGUUAUUAUGACUGCACUUUGGGACACAAAAUCACAGCAUAGGAAAUUCGACAUGCAAAAAUCUAUUAAACGUCUUGUUUUUUUAAAUAAUCAUUUUGUCCGCCGUCUCUGGGUUAAUCGAAGAGAAAAAUCAAUCUUCAAGUGCAACAGGUCUGUUUGGUGAAACUCUCGAUGUUAGAUUGCUCUAUUCUAAAAGAAAAAUAAGCUCAGAUACGCAAGCAAAGUCUAGGACAGCUAUUAAUAUAGGAAAUUGUCCGAAUAUAGGGUGACGCAGAUUUCUGCUUAAAUUUAUGGACUUUUUGACUGGCUUAAUAAGCGGCAUCUUCCGCAUGCUUAAAACAUAUUUUCCGGAUCGGGCUAAACGAAUAAGUGAAAUUCACAACACUUAAGUUACUUAAAAUGGAUGAUUUCAAUUCCCAUCAGCACGAUUCAAGAGGUAGAUCAUAUACUGUGUAAAUAGAAAGUUUGUUGAUGUACUAACAUGUUAGACACGGAUAGCUAUUUCCCGAUCGAUGACUCCCGUGACCCGUAACGUGGUUUUAACUUCCGAAAACAGAAAAACAAGAUAUUUGCGGUCAUUGGUCCCUAUCAUCAUAUACGAGAAGGCCUCAAACGUCGGGGGUGGGUAGAAAAAUUCUACAAAGCGACCAUUAACCUCAACGGAGGCGCAAAACCGCGACUGACUUCUCGCAGCGCAGAAACACCGAACUGUCUUUCAGAUGAUGCCGACGGUGAUGGAAAUGACGACGACCAGACUGACUUUAUAAUGCCCGAACCGGGUAAGUAG